GGCGCGUGCGCAGAUGGCUGCCCCGGCGAGUGGUAAACAGAGACGUCAGGAGGGGGCUGCUGCUUGGAGCAAAACAAAAGGGAAACCCGGGGGGCGGGGGGUGGGGGGGGUUGAUAGGGGAAUCGGUGCGGGAAUAAGGGAGGCCGCAGCCGCGGGGACCCGGACCCUAUUAAGAGUGGCGAGAAGGGAAGAGGCGGGGGAAGGGGGAGUCAGGGGAGGGGCAAGUGACGCGGGGGAGCGGGGCGUGGGGGAGGGCAGCAAUCCGGGUGGAGGAAAUUUGGGAGGAGUGUCCGGGGGGCAGCAACUUAAAAGGGGGAGGGAACUGCGGCUAAGGAGACGUUCGGUGAUGGGAGCGCAAUGUAUGAGGGGAUACAGUGCCUCAGGUUUAAAAGAGCAGGAAGCUGAGUGAGAGGUUGCAGAAAAAGUGUCUUCGCUCGGCAGAGGUUACAGGUGGCAUCUCGGAAAGAGCUUUGAGGCUACAGGCUGUAGUCGGGAAGGGGAUCGGAGAACUGUGUGAAGGGACAGCUUAGGGACUAGCGUCCUGGGACUAGGGGGAAGUUCGCGACUUUCUGAAGACUGGCAGGAAUGUGCCUCCUGGCCCUCGAUGCUUCCCCCCUGAGGGGAGGCAUCGUGAGGGACUGUGGCAGGCUUCACUGAACGCUGAGCCGGGGAGGUCCAACUCCACGUAUGGAUCCGGGGAAUGAGAAUUCAGCCACAGAGGCUGCCGCGAUCAUAGACCUAGAUCCCGACUUCGAACCCCAGAGCCGUCCCCGCUCCUGCACCUGGCCCCUUCCCCGACCAGAGAUCGCUAACCAGCCGUCCGAGCCGCCCGAGGUGGAGCCAGAUCUGGGGGAAAAGGUACACACGGAGGGGCGCUCAGAGCCGAUCCUGUUGCCCUCUCGGCUCCCAGAGCCGGCUGGGGGCCCCCAGCCCGGAAUCCUGGGGGCUGUAACAGGUCCUCGGAAGGGAGGCUCCCGCCGGAAUGCCUGGGGAAAUCAGUCAUAUGCAGAACUCAUCAGCCAGGCCAUUGAAAGCGCCCCGGAGAAGCGACUGACACUUGCCCAGAUCUACGAGUGGAUGGUCCGUACUGUACCCUACUUCAAGGACAAGGGUGACAGCAACAGCUCAGCAGGAUGGAAGAACUCGAUCCGCCACAACCUGUCCCUGCACAGCAAGUUCAUCAAGGUUCACAACGAGGCCACCGGCAAAAGCUCUUGGUGGAUGCUGAACCCUGAGGGAGGCAAGAGCGGCAAAGCCCCCCGCCGCCGGGCCGCCUCCAUGGAUAGCAGCAGCAAGCUGCUCCGGGGCCGCAGUAAAGCCCCCAAGAAGAAACCAUCUGUGCUGCCAGCUCCACCCGAAGGUGCCACUCCAACGAGCCCUGUCGGCCACUUUGCCAAGUGGUCAGGCAGCCCUUGCUCUCGAAACCGUGAAGAAGCCGAUAUGUGGACCACCUUCCGUCCACGAAGCAGUUCAAAUGCCAGCAGUGUCAGCACCCGGCUGUCCCCCUUGAGGCCAGAGUCUGAGGUGCUGGCGGAAGAAAUACCAGCUUCAGUCAGCAGCUAUGCAGGGGGUGUCCCUCCCACCCUCAAUGAAGGUCUAGAGCUGUUAGAUGGGCUCAAUCUCACCUCUUCCCAUUCCCUGCUAUCUCGGAGUGGUCUCUCUGGCUUCUCUUUGCAGCAUCCUGGGGUUAGCGGCCCCUUACACACCUACAGCAGCUCCCUUUUCAGCCCAGCAGAGGGGCCCCUGUCAGCAGGAGAAGGGUGCUUCUCCAGCUCCCAGGCUCUGGAGGCCCUGCUCACCUCUGAUACGCCACCACCCCCUGCUGAUGUCCUCAUGACCCAGGUAGAUCCCAUUCUGUCCCAGGCUCCGACUCUUCUGUUGCUGGGGGGGCUUCCUUCCUCCAGUAAGCUGGCCACGGGCGUCGGCCUGUGUCCCAAGCCCCUAGAGGCUCCAGGCCCCAGCAGUCUGGUUCCCACCCUUUCUAUGAUAGCACCACCUCCAGUCAUGGCAAGUGCCCCCAUCCCCAAGGCUCUGGGGACUCCUGUGCCCACACCCCCUACUGAAGCUGCAAGCCAAGACAGAAUGCCUCAGGAUCUAGAUCUUGAUAUGUAUAUGGAGAACCUGGAGUGUGACAUGGAUAACAUCAUCAGUGACCUCAUGGAUGAGGGUGAGGGACUGGACUUCAACUUUGAGCCAGAUCCCUGAGUCAUGCCUGGAAGCUUUGUCCCCUGCUUCAGAGGUGGAGCCAGGCGUGUUCAUAUCUACUCUUUACCCUUGAGCCCUCCCCAGGAAUUUGGGACCCUGCUUUAGAGCUAGGGUGGGGUCUGGUCACACACAGGUGUUGAAGAAAUUAUAAAGAUAAAGCUGCCCCAUCUGGGGACGAUAUGGGGAGGGAGAUGGGAGGGGAAAGGGGAGAGGGUUUUUCUCACUGUGCCAAUUAGGGGGUAAGGCCCCCUCUCAGGAGCCAUCAUCGGCUUUCCCCAUUCCUACCCCCUUAGGCUUUGUAGCAAGAUGAGCAAUGCUGUUGGAAAUGUGAAGUCACCAGUGGCCUUACCCCUGCCUUUGGGAGCAGGAUUUUUUUGUAGAGAGUCUUAUCUGAGCUGAGCCAGGCUAGCUGGAGCCUGGGAUUUCUAUGCAGUGGCCCCUUAGGCCAGUGAUGUGGGGUGGGUGGGCUGUUUAGGGGAUCUGGAAGGGCCAAGGUCUGAGCACUGGAGUGGCUCGCCAGGCCAAAUCACCCUUAGAAGGCUGCAGAUAACAGAAAGGCUUUUUAUAAACUUUUAAAGAAAUAUAAACACAAAUAUAGAGAUUUUUUAACCAUGGCAGGGUGCUAGUGGUGGGCAGAAUGCUUUUUUUCUUUCUGAAGGCUUUGUGAUAGUGACAUGAUACAAACACUACAGACAAUAAAUAUUAGGAGAGACACAGGGAAGUGGGGAGAGGUGGGGAGUAAUAGUAAACACAGGGAAGAGCUCCCCUACGGACCAGGUAUAGAGAAAGGUCUAUGCAGAAAUAGGUUAGAGUUUCCCUAACAAAAAAGCUAACCCAGGUCCCCUCAUUCCUUCAACUUGUGCCUGGGAGUGUGUGGUGUUGGGGUGCAGCCACACUCUUCUAUGACCCAGCAUGGGUUAGUGCUAUGGUGGGAGAGUACGUUGAAGGCCUGGAAUUAGCUUGGGGCCAGGGAAAGGACUGGGAGGGGAGAGAAGAGAAGGAGGGAAGGAUUUAGGAUGGUAAAGUUAGGUACAGAGACCUCCCUGUUCAAGGCCCCUGACAGCUGUCCCUGCCCUUCUUCCCCUUCCCUGACUGCAGGGGUUAUGUGGAAGUGUGUGUGGCAGCAGGCAGCGGGGAGGGGAGGAACAGGGAAGGGGGAGCUGGGGAGCUUGGCUGAGGGUCUGGGAAAUGAGCAGGGAUGGGGGGGGAUGUGGAUCAGGUUUACUAGCACCUGCCAGGGAGGCCAUCUGGGGCUCCUUCUCCACCCCAGCCCCCAAAGCAGCCCUUCCCCCAGUGCCCUUUGCAUCGUCCCCUCCCCCACCCCUGCUGUGGGUUCCCAUCAUUUCCUGUGUCAGCGCCUGGCCUACCCAGAUUGUAUCAUGUGCUAGAUUGGAGUGGGGAAGUGUGUCAAAUCAAUAAAUGAAUAAAUUCAAUAAAUGCCUAUAACCA